AUGUCUGAUCUUCCGUACGGGCCGCCGGUGCGAGUGUCUCCACUCAUCAGGUUUGGCCGCUGGUCAUUCCUCGGUCUGGGAGUAGCCUACGGAGCCUUCCACCAGAACAGAUUAUCUAAGAAGGAGGCCAAGCUCCGCGAGAUCGAGGCUCGCGAGAAGGUCGUCAAGGAUGCUAAGCUGAAGGAGGAAAGAGAACGAGCAGCGGCCGGUUAG